AUGUCUGAAACAAGUGAUAUUGUCAAACAGAAAAACAUUAAAAGAGGUUACAUUAAAGCCACGCUAACAAGAUUGGCUACAUUUUCAAAGCAAAACUUGUCAUCAUGCUCCAAAGAUGAAUUGCUCGUCAUAAAGCAACGGUUAACCGAGGCCUUUAGUGAAUACGAAGAGCUCAAUCAGGAUUUGUUGUAUUUAAAUCCAAAUGACGAUGAAAAUAUAGUGCUAGUGGAGGAAACAUACUAUCAAACCUUGACAUGUUUCAAUCAGACAUUAACGACAUUAAAUUCUGGAAACCUACAAGAGCCAACAGCUUACAACACAACAGCCCAAUGCAGCCAAAGAACGAAAUUACCUGCUAUAAACGUCCUUAGACACAGUAAUAAGUCCUUAGACACAGUACAGAAGUUUUAUUAUUUGCGUUCCUUCCUUCAGGAGGAACCUUUAAACUUGAUUAAAAACCUACCUAUAACUGGGGAUAGCUACAAUGUUGCAUUGGAACUACUGAACAACCGAUACAACAACAAACAGAGGAUCAUAAAUGAGCACAUAGGUCGUCUUUUAGAUCUAAAGCCGUUAACCAAAUCUACUGCCUGCAACCUCAGGGAAUUUAUAGCCACUGUAAGGCAGGAGUUAGCGGCAUUAAAAAAUCAGGAAUCUAAUGUAAAGUAUUGGGAUGCAAUAUUAUUAUGUGUUUUGUCUCGUAAAUUAGAUGGCUACACAGCUCGAGCUUACCAGCUCGAAAGAAAUCAAGAUGCAGAUCCUGCCGUGGAAGAAUUUCUCAAGUAUCUGGAGCGGAGAGCCCUUGCGUUGGAAAGCGCUGAGCCCAGUCAAAAUGCUCAGCAUACAAGCAUGGACAACCGGGCAUCCACAACUAAGUCCAGACCCAUGGCUGCAACACACGUCGUGACAGGAACACAAUGCUCUCACUACGCUGUUGCUCCAGACGGAGCCGAUAAAGAUCGAGCUUCCCGAGCAGCCUCCGAGCCCAGCCCAGCCGCCGAGCACCGCGUCGGGGCCACAGUCUGAGUCAACCAGCGACAGCACGGCGCCAGCACCGCGACGAUACUUGAGUAUUAUUAACACUGAGUUCGGACACAUAGUAGGAGGUAACAUACCAUGUCAUUUAACACAGGCAGCGUCACACAAGGUAGUCUUAAAAUGUACAUUAGCCCCUCUCAAUGAUACGAUUGCUAAAUUUUGGAACACAGAAAAAGUGCCUGAAAUUUUUAGCAAGAAAUCUUCAGAACAGGAACUUUGCGAAGAGGUAUUUCAGAGUACUGUUAAGUUAGAAGAUAACAAAUUCCAAGUUGCUUUGCCUCUGAAGUUACCACUUUCCGAGGUAAACGACGCACUUGGCGACUCGUUUCACUUUGCACACAAACGGUUUUUGAACUUAGAGAAAAAACUACAUGCAAACCCAACUUUGUUCAACCAAUACAAAGAAUUCAUAGACGAAUAUUUACAGCUCAAUCACGGUCAUUAUAUAGACAUUGAGAUGUACGAUUUAAACAAGGAUGCGGUAUAUUUCCUUCCGCACAGAGCAGUCAUCAACGAGAACAGCAAAACUACACCAGUGCGUACUGUUUUUGAUGCAUCAAUGCUAACAAACAAGAAAAUUUCUUUAAAUGAUUUACAACUUAAUGGACCUACAGUCCAAAGAGAUCUGUACGAUAUCAUUAUCCUAUUUCGGUUAGGGAAAUUCACAUUCACAACGGAUAUAAGGCGCAUGUUUCGGAAUAUUAACGUCGAUCCCGCAUACACAUCACUUCAGAAUAUUCUCUGGAGGGAAAGCCCCACAGAGACACUAAAAGUUAUAAGACUCGAUUCAGUAACUUAUGGUUUGAAGUCAUCGAG